AUGGACUACGCUUCGCGUUCCCAGUCGUCGACUCGGCGGCAUCCGGCCUCUCUUCUGCCCAAGUUCAUGCACGACCCGCGACUGCUCGAACUCGUUCGCUCGCCUGUGACCCCCGAGAUGAUCACUUAUAUCGUUGAGCGCGCCGUCGACGUCAUCACUUGCGGUCCUGCGCCAGACGAGCCCCCUUCGCCCCCGACCACGCCUGUCAAGACCAACUUUGCCGACAUCCACCGUCAACCGCACCCCGACGUUCCCUCGCUCGAAGCCUUCAUCACCAUCCUCGUCCACAAGUCGAACGUCCAGGUCCCCACCCUCCUCUGCACCCUCGUCUACCUCGACCGCUUGCGCGCUCGCCUGCCCAAGGUCGCGCACGGCAUGGAGUCGACCCGGCAUCGUGUCUUCCUGGCGACGCUGAUCACGGCCGCCAAGUACCUCAACGACUCGUCGCCCAAGAACAAGCACUGGACUCGCUACGCGGCCAUCUUCCCCAUCGCCGAGGUCAACCUGAUGGAGCGCCAGCUCCUCUUCCUCCUCGACUUUGACCUCCGCAUGGACGAGGCGGAGCUCCUCGCGCAUUUCUACCCCUUCCUUCCUCGCGAGCCUGUCGCCUCGACCUCGAAUCUUCGCGUCCAGUCAACCAUCCACAUCCCCACCGUCGUCGAGAACGUCCCCGUCCCCUGCACUCCGCCUCGCCGCGUCUCUCGCGCCGCCGCCAGCCUCGCCACUCCUGGCUCCUCUCGCCGCGACUCGAUGUCGCGCACACCUUACGAGGUUUCGCCCGCCGGCUCGCACUCGUCUGCAUCGUCCGCCUCGCCCAUCACGCCUAUGGACGAACUUCCGCGGUAUCCUGGCAUCUCGGUCGUCUCCGCCGACGAGUCGCCCGCACGACGACCAUCCUACCAGUACAUCGAGGUCAACCGACCACUGGCAAAGCCGUCCUCGUCGUUCCUCCGCGCGGCGUACGAGUCCGGCAAGGGCUACUUCACGCUCGGCAACAUCGACAAGGCGCGCCGGACGCAGCCUACAUCGAGCCUGUACGACGGCGCCUCUAUCUCCUUGUGA